UCUCGCAAGCGGCGCCGCAGGGGACGGAGGCACUGAGCGUUGUGCGCCGCAGCUUUCGGCCGGACACCAGCGCUGAGGACACGAUGUCGGCGCUCUCCUGCCCACCGCUUUGGGCCGCCACCUGCCUGGCCGCGCUGUGUGUGCUAUCCGCGGGUCAGAACACGACCCUCGCCCCAGGCGGAACGACUCCGGAGCCCACCACCAAGAUAAACACGACGCUGGUGACAUCCGUCCCGCCAGUCACCACUCCAGUACCAGAAACCUGUGAAGGCCAGCUUAGUAGCAAAGUCAGAGAUCACGUAAAUGAUGGUUUGUGCCUCUCUCUUUUUUCCAUAACAGAUGAGAGCUACUGUUCUCAUAAUUCAACAGUUAGUGAUUGUCGUGUGGUGAACACAACAGACUUCUGUUCUGUGCCCACUGCCACCCCAGUGCCAACCAAUUCUACAGCUGGAAACACAACUUUGCCUUCCUCCUCUACAACUUCCACCACAGUUCCUACAUCAGGCACAACAAAUACCACUUUGACUCCAACCUCACAACCUAUGCGAAAGUCUACCUUUGAUGCAGCCAGUUUCAUUGGCGGAAUUGUCCUUGUCUUGGGUGUGCAAGCUGUAAUUUUCUUUCUGUAUAAAUUCUGCAAAUCUAAAGAACGAAAUUACCACACUCUGUAAACAGACCCUGUAAAUUAACAAGGACUGGCGAUUCAUUCAUGUAACUCACUGAAACCAAAAUACCAUCUUUCAAGAUGUCCCACAUGGAAGACGCUGUUCCAGGAUCUUUAAAUUUCCAAAGGAUGCAUAUAGGUUUUUUGGGAGCAUCGUCAUUGAAGAAAAAUCAGUUAAAUCAUUUUGUUCAACAGAAAUAUUUAAAAUAUUCUGCAUGAAUCCUAGUGGCUGUCUUCUUUUAUUUUAAAUGGCUGCUGCUGUGGGAUUACGUUUUUUUCUUGACAUGCCAAAUGUAACUUUCUGUAAGUGAUGGAAAAUGUUGUCUUGUGCAGACAACAUCAUGACUCUUGGCAGUUUAAAUUUAGUCUUUUUGAAGCCUGAAAGCUGCAUUAUUUUCAUCCUAACUCAGGCUGUAAUUUAGCGAACACAGUUGAGGAGAGUGUGCCAAAUGAUUAUCAGUCAGGUGGAUUUCAAGCUGUCAUUUGAAAAUUGGAAUAAAUUUAUAAAUUUAGUAGUACUAAACUGUAUCCUUAGAGUAAAAUUUUGUGCUUGAUAAGUUAUUUUUUCUACAUUAGAAAUAAGAUGCCACACAGGGAAUUACAUUCCAGAUUUAAAGAAAUGAAUGGAAAGGAUACAAACCAUUAAUGUAUAACAGGUUAUUGUUCAUACUUGUAAAGCACGUUACAUCAUUAAGAAAAUAAAGAACAGUGCCUUAAAAGACAGACUGAAAGGUAUGGUGUAGCUUAAUGUUUGUGAUUUGUAUGUUCACAUUAAGGAAGGUAAAGAUUGGUCUGAAGAUGUAAUUGAUGUGAGCAGUAGCAAACCUGCUUUUGGAUAUCAUACUAUUAAUAUUUAAUUGAAAAUUUACUUUAUUUCAGAGCUGGGAAACUAAAGAUAAAGGAUAUUAUACAAAAUCAAAAGCCUCCAUAUAUUGAACCUCCCAACAUUUUUCUUAUGGCUGUUGAAAAGUAUAGAGAUAAAAUUGGUUUAAUCAUAUUUUCCCUUGUACUUCAAAAAAAAGUAUCCUAACUCUAUUGUACCUUGAAAGGAUUUCCACCAAGCUUUCUUGAAAAGUAACUUCUUUCAUGAAGCAAGAAGGAAAUAAGUUGUUUUAGGAUCAUUUGCUAACUCUUUAAAUGGGACAAUCAUUUUAAGUUUUCAGACAGCAGAUGUAACCAAUGUAAUUUCAGAAAACAAGGAUUGGUUGAUCGGAUUAUUGUAGAUUUUUGACGAUUGCCCUGGAUGAAUAGACUGUGCUUUCUCUUUUUCUUUCUCCUCUCUCUUCCUUCCUUGGUUUCAAUCCCGUAGUAUAAUAAGCAUGCAUACUUUCAUUUCUAUAAUUUUCUUGAAAAGCACUAGUUUUUUUCAGUUUUGGAGGGUUACUUCUCCCUUGCCUUUGACACAUUGGAUUAGUUCAGGGGCUUUAAUUAGUUUGAAAUGGGAUUUGCUUUUCUAGGACAUUAAAGUUUUUUUGUUACAGUUUCUUUAGCCGAUAGUGGCUGAGUUUAGCACUUGGGUUUCAGUAUUGUAUGGUAGGAAAUGACAGAUUUUUGUGGUUCAUUUCAUAAACUGAAACUUUGCAUUUAGAUAAUUAAAGGUUCUUAAAAUGAAGAUUUACUGUUUCUUUGUUACUUGCUGGUACAGCUAAAGUUUGUUUUACUUGCACACUUGUAUAUACACCUAAUGUUUUCAAGUGCCUUAAUUGUUUAAAAUCUCUGGCUUCAAAGGUAUUUGGGAAAAGGUAGGUUUACCUCACAUUUUUGUGUUUCCAUUAGUAGUAACAAUCUAGGUACCUCACAAAAUUUAUUAUGGUGCCAUGGCUGUUAGUUUUUAGGGAGUGCUGUAAGAUUGAUUUGAAAAUAUACAGAAUUUCUAUUCCUUCCAAGGUGGCAAAAAUUAGCUACAAUGAUGUAAUUGUCAUUUACCUGGACAGGAAUUCCUUACCACACAUCAAUGUCGUCAACACAUGUAGCAAAUUUUGUGAAAAUGUAACUUGAUUCGAAGCUUCUCCUGUAAUUUUGAGCACUGCUCUAACAAUAAAAGCAUAAUAUAAAAUUAGUUCUUGUAAGUCUGCAGACACGCUCUUGGAACAGAACUCACAGCCUCAGACUCUUUCUUCUCUUCCUUUAGCAAUGUAGUAUCUUGAGCCAUUAAUAAUUUUUGGGUUUUUUUAAUCCAGAAGGUAUACAGAAACCUUUUCAGAUUUUUCAUCUGAUUUGUUCAUGCAAAUGUGCUAUCAAAUACCUAAUUUUACCUUACAGAUACUUGUUGCACAGGCAGACACUGCUGUAUUUAGAAAUUUCUAUUUCAGUUCAUUAAAAACUGCAAAACGAAUCUGUAUCAUGUACCAAACUGAUUUAAAAUAAAUUUACAUGUUUAUUGAAUUAA